GUGCUCUCCACUGCCCGCCGUUCAGGCAGCUCGGAAGCCACUCUGUUUUGGGGUCCUUGCCGCCCUUCCACGUCUCCCGGAAGAGGCACCCGGGCCACGGCAGCUUGGGGAGGGGAUUUGCUUAGCCUAGGCCGGCUUCGGGCCGGCUUCUGAUGGGGGGCAACCCCGGAGGGCGCCGAGGCCGCGAUACACCCGCUCCGGAGUCCUCAGGUUCACCAAUAGGAUUAUUCUGCUAUCAUCAUGUCUUGGUUGGCUGAUCUUGCUGGAAAGGCAGAAGAUCUUUUAAACCGAGUUGAUCAAGGGGCAGCAACGGCUCUUAAUAGAAAAGAGAACACCAGCAACCUCAUAUAUAACAAAAAUACUGACUAUCCUGAACUUCAACAGCAAAGUACAGAUUUGACUUACCAGACCAGAUCUAAAGCUACUUACAUUUCCUCAGCAGCUGAAAACAUUAGAAAUCAAAAAGCCACCAUCUUAGCUGGCACUGCAAAUGUAAAAGCAGGAUCCAGGACGUCAGGGGAGGCCUCCAACCCUGUUGAAAAUGCAUCCAGUCCUAAGCCUUCAUCCCAGUUUGUUCGAAGAAAAAAGUCAGAACCUGAUGAUGAGCUGCUGUUUGAUUUUCUUAAUAGUUCACAGAAGGAGCCUACUGGGAAGGUGGAAAUCAAAAAAGAAAGGGUCAAGACACCUGUCUUUCAGAGGUCUCGGACAUCAAGUGUCGGUUCUGUGAACACCAGUGUAACCACCAUCAAAACCAUUGAAGAAAGUUCUUCUGGGAACCAAAGCCAUGAAGCCUCUAAUAAUUUACAUUCUGGUCCUGAAGGCCAAGAGGAUUCUUCAAAGGAAAGUACAUCAUCAAAUGCUGCCUGUGUUGAUGACAACCCAACAUCUAACGAUGAUGGCAUGUCACAUGAACUAUCUAAUCUUCGACUGGAGAAUCAGUUGCUGAGGAAUGAAGUUCAAUCUUUAAAUCAAGAAAUGGCCUCUUUACUUCAAAGAUCCAAGGAAACUCAAGACGAAUUAAACAAAGCAAGAGAAAGAGUUGAAAAGUGGAAUGUUGACCAUUCAAAGAGUGAUCGAAUAACUCGGGAGCUUCGAGCCCAAGUAGAUGACCUGACUGAAGCAAUGGCUGCCAAGGAUUCCCAGCUAGCUGUACUGAAAGUGAGAUUACAAGAAGCUGAUCAGCUACUGAAUACACGCACAGAAGCAUUAGAAGCCUUACAGAAUGAAAAAUCACGAAUAAUGCAGGAUCAUAGUGAAGGAAGUAGCCUACAGAAUCAAGCUCUGCAAGCUCUUCAGGAGCGACUACACGAGGCAGAAACCAAUCUGAAGAGAGAACAAGAGAGCUAUAAACAAAUGCAGAGUGAGUUUGCUGCACGCCUUAAUAAAAUGGAAGUGGAACGUCAGAAUUUGGCAGAAGCAGUUACUCUGGCAGAAAGAAAACUCUCAGAUGAGAAGAAGAGAGUUGAUGAGCUACAGCAGCAAGUCAAGAUGUAUAAGUCCAACUUGGAGUCCUCUAAGCAGGAAUUAAUUGAUUACAAACAAAAAGCUACUAGAAUACUCCAAUCGAAAGAAAAAUUGAUUAAUAGCUUAAAAGAAGGAUCUGGUUUUGAAGGUCUAGAUAGCAGUACUGCUAAUAGCAUGGAGCUAGAAGAGCUUCGGCACGAGAAGGAACUGCAAAGGGAGGAAAUACAGAAGCUGAUGGGCCAGAUACAUCAGCUGAGAUCUGAAUUACAGGAUAUGGAAGCUCAACAGGUUAGUGAAGCAGAAUCAGCAAGAGAACAGUUACAAGAUCUACAAGACCAUAUAGCUCGGCAAAAAGCAUCAAAACAAGAGGUAGAGGCGGAAUUGGACCGACAGAAGCAGGAAUGCCAUUAUAUAGAAGAAGACCUGUAUCGAACAAAGAACACAUUGCAAAGCAGAAUUAAAGAUCGAGAAGAAGAAAUUCAAAAACUCAGGAAUCAGCUUACCAAUAAAACUUUAAGCAAUAGCAGUCAGUCCGAGUUGGAAAACCGACUCCAUCAGCUAACAGAGACUCUCAUCCAGAAGCAGACCAUGCUGGAGAGUCUCAGCACAGAGAAGAACUCUCUGGUCUUUCAGCUGGAGCGCCUCGAGCAGCAGAUGAACGCUGCCUCUGGGAGUAAUAAUGGGUCUUCUAUUAGCAUGCCUGGAAUCGACAAUGGCGAAGGGACACGUCUGCGAAAUGUUCCUGUUCUUUUUAAUGACACAGAAACUAAUCUGGCAGGAAUGUAUGGAAAAGUCCGCAAAGCUGCUAGUUCAAUUGACCAAUUUAGCAUCCGUCUGGGAAUUUUUCUCCGAAGAUACCCCAUAGCACGGGUGUUUGUAAUUAUAUAUAUGGCUUUGCUUCACCUGUGGGUCAUGAUUGUUCUAUUGACUUAUACCCCAGAAAUGCACCAUGACCAACCACAUGGCAAAUGAACCGCCCGUACCCAGUUGUUUCAACAAUUGGUUGUUUUUUCUAGACUUGGGAUCAGCAGAAAGGUCGAUUAUCUAAAAUUUCUGAGAAGGAUGCACACGAUUAUUUUAUCACUACAAGCUUUUAACUUACAAUAAUUUAACAAGCGCAGUUUUGCUUUUUUCUGAGUUCAGUGGUUCUUAUAUAUAUAUAUAUAUGUAUGUAUACUGGGGUAGUUCAUCUCUGUACAGACCAUCUUGUAUUUUAGGUCCUACUGAUUAUGGGUUAUGAUCAGGGAAACUAAUUAUAUUUAACAAUAUAAAUAAAAAACUUUUCUUUUUUGAUAA